AGUUUGUUUGUCAAUGCGCUGCGACGAUGAAAAGAUGAACGUGAAAAUUUCCUUCCUCCUCGUCGCGCUCGCCGUGUGCACGUCCACGGAGGCGGCCGUCUCCAGCAAGCGAAGAUGCGUCGACGAAAACUGUACAGUGCCAAUUUCGUUGGGUAGAACGCUCAUUUCAUAUGCCGCCCCCGAGCCCGGCAUGCUUUCGUUCCGACCCGGUGAAGAGGUGAAGAUUUUCAGCAAGGAAGCUGGCAGUAAUCUGGAUUUGUGGGGUGUGGAGUUGAGAGGCAAAAGGGGUUACAUACCAAAGACUAUGGUGAAAGAAAUGAAAAUGUUUAACCAUAAAGCAGAGAUUGUGGUGGAUACUGAGUUCAAACCAGCACCAGCAGUGCCUUCUAGCAAUAAUUCAGACUCAGAGAAGAUUAUCAUUGAUGGAACCACAUUGUACAAUGAUAUCUCACCUAGUGCCACUCAAGAUACACAUCAUCAGCAACAACAGUCAACAUCAGUGCCUGUUUUAUCAGAAAAUGUAAAGCAAGAAAUAAAUGAAAUUCUCACUGAAAACAUUGGUGAAAAAACAUCACAGGAAACUGUUUUGCCAGAAAAGCAAGAAGCAAAUGAUUUAAAGGAAUCAACAACACAGGAAAAGGAAGCAAUUGAUAAUAAACAAAAUGAAAAAGAAGAAUUGGCUGAUGAUGAAGAUGAUGAUGAGGAUGAUGAUGAUGGAUUUGAUAUUGAGAGUGAAGAUGAUGAAGAAGAUGAAAAUGAUGAUGAUUUAAAAGAUAUUGAAGUGGAGCUUAAUAAACCAAAAGAUGUUAAUAUUGAAACAAAAGUUGAUGAUGAGCCAAAAACAAUUGAACAGCCAGAAAUUGAAAUUAAAGGCGAACCUGGUGUAUUACCGGUAACGGAAGCACCGCCUAUUCAAAAUCAACCACCACCGCCUCCUCCGACUAAACUUCCAUUGUUUUUCCGCCAAGCAAAUGUUCCUGUAAAAGAUCCGGGCAUGCCUGCAUCUGGUACACCUUCUACAACCACAGAAGAGGUGAUUAAUGUCGAAUCAACUCCUGAUAUUCAUGAAGAUCAAAUCAAAAAUGAUGAAAAUCAAUCUUUAAAUUCUGUUAACACUGAUUCGACUGAAAGUGAAGUUAAAAUCGAAGAAGAACACGUUAAAGAAGUCGAAAACACUCUUUCUAAUGAAGAACAACCUGUUGAAAGUAUCGCUAUAGGUCCACCAUUAGUCGAUAACAGUGUAAAUGACAGUAGUGAGUUUAAAUCUGAGUUUGCUGACACAUACGAACCAAUUGCUGCUAGUGCGGAAGAAAAUCCAGAUGUUAAUUUGGAUGCACCACCACAAAUACCAGAUCCUCCGCCUGUAGAUGCCUUCGAAAAUUUACCAGCACAAGAAGUAGCAGAGAAUUCGCAGGAAAAAUCUUCAUCAAACGAAAAUGCAGAUACAGAACAGCCUGCUCCAACAGAAGAAUCAAGUUACUUUGGAGGCUACUUCUCCAAAUCGGAAGUCGCGGAUGAACCGGAAGUUACAACACCAAUACCUGUUGAGGAAGAAACGCUUACGAAAACGAACGCUUACACCACGACCGAACCAGAAACGAUAAGUAUUGAAGACGAACGGAAACCGAAUGUAGACGAAUCCGAAACAGUUGAAGCGAUAACUGAAGCUGUUACCGAACAGCCGUCAUCUUGGAGUUAUGGUAAUGUAGAUUCUUCCACUGAAAAUUCAGCUGAUAUAGGAUUCGCAGGAAGUGUCGUUGAUACCAGUUAUGAUCAGAUUAAUAUUGAGCAAAAAGAAAGCGAAACAACCACAAAUUAUGGGACAAAUACUGAAACAAAUGAAGAAUCUGAAGGAAACUGGUUUGACUCACUGUUGGGUAUGUUUGCUGCACCCAAACAAGAACCGUCUAUUUAUGCAGACGACACUCCAAAAUACACGGAAAGCAAAUAUGAAGAAGUCAAUGAUGAUGUUUUACUUUCACAAUAUGCUAGUCACAACAAUCGCGACAGUUGCCCAGCCGACGAUGUACACUGUCAGUCUGAAACUUCACACGCAGACCAUUAUUCGGCCGAAACCACCUACACUGAAGAAUCCAGCAUGGCGUCCAUGUUAGACAUGUUUGAAUUCAACGACACGCUGAUGAUUGUCGCUAUUUCCGGCGCAUGCGUUGUACUCUUUCUCUGGGGUUACAUGCUGAUUGAAAAAAUGCGCAAAGAAGGACCUCUUGUCGGUAAAAUAAAUCAUUUAGAACAUCAGUUGCUUAUUCUAGCGAAAGAAAAUGAAGUUCUGAGUCAUAAAGCAGAAGAUGCGAAGAACUCACAGCAGGAAAUUAAUGAAAAUGUGUCAAGUGAAAUGGUCGUAGAGCUACAGAAUCAGUUAGAAGAAGCUAAUAACGCUCGAUAUGCACUAGAAGAACAAUUGGAGUCGUUAGAAAAAGAAUUAGAGAAUUCCACAGAAGUGGGUUUAGAAUUAAACAAGAUGUUAUCGGAUGUGUUAAGUUCACAAAAUGGAAGUGAUACUGUGAUGGCAAAUAUAGAACAACUACAAAAACAAUUAGUUGAACAACAAUCUACUAUCAACAGUGUUAAUGAUAAAUUAAACGAGAAAGAUACAGAAAAUCAUGAGUUGCAACUUGAGUUGGAAAUCAACAAUAAAAAAGUAGUUGAUUUACAAGCUGAGCUGGAAAAAAUGAUGCUGAAUCUGCUCAAAGCGGAAGAAGAGAAAGAAAUUUCAGUGAGUAAAACUGAAGCUGAAGCUUUAUCACUUAGGGAAGCUCUGACUAAAGUCAAAGCAACUAGCAAUGCUGAAAUUGCACAGCUUACUAAGCAGUUAUUAGAAGUUAAGUCACACGCGGAUGAAGCGCAGCGCAACUUUGAACUUAAAGCCAAAGAGUAUAACCUACUCAAAGAAGGACUGAGCGAAACAGAUUCAAAUAAGAAUGUUGUGGAGCACAGCACGUUAAAGGCGGAGCUGUUGCAACUGCAACAGGACAAUAAAAAUCUGGCGGAGAGAUUAGGCCACGAACAGAUUAUCGGGAAGAAUUUCCAGAGUGAAGUUUUGCAUUUAGGUGAGGAGAAGGUGGCCCUCAAGAAGCAGUACGAAGAAGCGGAUAAGGAGAAAUUAGAAGCGUUGACUAAACUAGAAGUAUUGAGUUCAUAUUUUAAAGAGAAGGAAGCAGAGCUUCAGCGUGAACUUGCUAAGCACGAGGCGAUGUGGAGUGAGAAUCAAGGAGAAAGCACCACAACUUCAGAACGGAUGAAGUUUAUGCAAGCAGAAAUACAAAAUUUCAAGACGCAGGUAGCUUCACUUCAACAAGAAAUAGUUUCUCAAGAGGUUGAUCUCAAGAGUCAGAUUUCUGUGUUGGAGAAAAAGGCUCAUGAAAAUUGGGUCGCUGCUCGACAAGCAGAGCGUAGAAUUGAGGAUGCUCGCCAGGAGGCAGCGCAACUGCGCAAUAGACUAACACUACGAGAACGUGGACUUAUCGAAGAAAAAUCACAGAAUCGCAACGGAAUGUCUCCCCUUGAAACAAACGGUGUCGACCAUCACCUCAACGACACCGCCUCCCCGCCCCUCUUAUUCGGUGCACGCGAGCACAUGACUACAUCGCCACCACUCUUGCCCGGCUUACCUCCUGGUUUUCCUAUGCCGCCUCCGCCGGGUGUGGGCGUCCCGCCGUUCCUCCCGCCUUUUAUGCCUGGCAUGCCGCCGCCGCCUGGAGUGUUCCCGGGUGAUCAUCGUCCUCCGCCGCUUGGACGCAUGUCGUCGCCGCCACUGAAUAGUCGAUACACACCCGACUCGCGACCUUUCUCGCCGUACGACCGGCGCUCACCGUCACCGACUGACGAUGAUUAUUACGACCGCGAUGAUCGAGACUAUUACAACCAUCGGCCUAAACGAAACAAUGGCCGACGAAGUGGCUAUAGCACCGGCUCGAACUCGAACGAGUCGCUAGAAAAACUGGAUCGGUCGCGCUCGCAUUCGAAGGUCUAGCGAUUUGUCGCUUGCUGUUUCUAUCCGUAGAUUCGACCGAAAAAAAGGAAACCAACACCGGAACCACGAACGGACUAAUGAUGCGCAUGCGCAAUUUUAUAUCUAGAACAAUGCGUGUGGACUUUGACGCCAUUGCUGUGAAUCUAACUUAAUCUAACAAAACAAAUCGAACUUGUGCGAAAUUUGAUUUUCCAGACAUGUAAACGUUUUUAAACACGUGUAUUGUUUGUAUGCUAGUUUUGUGCUUUAUUUAAUUCAUUGUUUUGUUUGGGUGUUUGACAGGUGACAGCCGGAAGUAGAAUGGCGCAUGUUAAGAUGGCGUGAAUCUGAUUUUGUAUGAUUGUGUGUAUGUUUAUCUGCAGCAUUUGUUUGGCGCGUUUUGUUCUUGUUUGUGUUGAUUAACACCAAUGGUGCCGUAUCAACUCAAGAAAAGUCUCAAAGCGUGAAACUUUACUAUUACUGAUUCAUUCAAGACGCAAAACAUUGUACAUAUAAUACUUGUACAAAAUGAAAAACAAUAAAUUGUAUAUUAUCUAUAAAAA